CUUGGUUAUACGAAUCUCUGUGAUAAGGGCGCGAUUAGAUAUGCAUUAUCAGCCAUGUAACACUUUCCUGGAACAUUUUUUUGUUCAAAAUGCCGUCCUUUUCAGUCGCAUUCGAACAUAGCUCCACACAAGCGGUGUUUUUACCCCUCCGUUACCCCCCUGUGUUAUUUUUUUUAAGUGAUGCAAAUAAAGGUGCGGGUAGGGUUUUGUUAAAGAUAAGCUAACGAGACUACCGAGAGAGAGGGAGAGAGAGAUAGAAAAAGAGAAAAAGAGGUAAUACUAUCUGUAUUCAGUGCAAUUGCAAGUGCUGUGACUAAAGUGCGUAAGUGUUGACGCUGUUCUUUCUUUGUUGUCCUUUUUGAGGAAGUAAAAGUGGAAAAAAAAUCUGUCAACUCCUGGCAUGGAUUUUGAGCAGUGUAGCGUGACUGACCUGCACGCCACCAUGGAUCUGGAGUUCUACGCUGACUAUGACAAAGUCAACGCCAGGAUGUCUGCCAAGAAGAAGGUCAAGUUUUCCUUGGAGCUGCCAGGUCUGGUCAAGAAUGAGCCUGUUGACCCUGCCUAUGACGCAGGCCUUGACCCCGCCGCUGACCCCCACACCGUGCCCUCCGCCAGUGGCAGAGCCCAUCCCGCUAUGCAGAAAGUGCCCGACAUUGCCGACCUCUCCGACCCCGAGUCAUCGCUAGGUGAGUGUUGGAGUGUCUUUUAUGUUACAGAUGUUUGCUGGUGUACACACAUAUAGACACACACGCGCUCACUCACUUAUCCGUCUACUUACUAAGACCUUAAAUGGGGAACAUAAAGUUUA